AUGCGGGUGACUACACCAACCGAGGACUCCGCCUUGGCCGAGUCCACCUUUGAGCUGAUUAAUGGCACCGAUGUCGAAUCUCACGACGAAAACGAAAAUUAUACCGAGUCCAUAUCCGAGUCUGUAGGCUCACUGGACUUUCAUCGACCCGAUGAUGUGCAGUCAUUGGCUGGGACUGAACACACACUGGAUGACGAAUCACUGGUAGAUGAGGAAGUAGAUAUCCUUUCUCAUUCUGUUGCACAGAACGAGUCUACUGGUGUACAUAAUGAUGAAUCCGAGCUUGCACAACAAGCGUCGGAUGGCUCAGAGUCCGAGGAGGAGGCUCGGUCCCGAUGUUCUCUUGAAUACACACAGCAGAGCCUAAAGACACCUUCCAUCUUGACUCCGGAAGCGAGUAAAAUUAUUGGAAAGGCCCUCGAAACCACAAACAAGGUGGGCACACCCCACGAAAACUACCGAUAUUGGAUGGCAGUGGCCAAAGAGGGAAUGUUGCGUACUUGGGAAUGUGCCACCGUCGCUACGACGGCAGCCCUACCUGGUCUCGUAUUUGCUGUUGCAUUCAGUCUUCUCAUUUCCAUGUUGUACCCUUCAACGGUUGAGUUCAAUCAACCUGCGGAAACUAUUGUCACUUCUACCAUCACAGCGACUACCACCCCUGCUGUGGUCUAUACAAAACAGACAACUGCCACUUCUUCAGCCGCAAAACAGACUACAUCAGCCAAGGGUAUGGGAUUGAUCCCCGUAAACGACCAAGAAUCUGAUGAGUGGCUCUUUGGGUCGAAGAAACCAGAAGUUCAGUUUAGCCCUCUGGGUCACGGCGCAAUCAUGGUGCAUGUUGCUUCUGACGUGAAGAGAACAUGGCUCAAAAAGAAGAAGAAUUGUGUCUCCGUUACGGCGAGCCGCAGCGGCGAAGCCGUCGAAAUGGAAUUCUAUCCUUCUGACGAUGGCUUUUUAAUCCAAUUUCCAAAGAGGGAGGCUCGUGGUGUGGUCAAGCUUCUUCUCGAGGCAACAUGCCGACCUGCAGUAACCAAAGCAGUUAAGGUCCACUUUGGCAAAGGUAUUAUGGAAGAGGCAUACGAAAUGACAAAGAAUUUGGCUCAUGAUCUUUCCGAGUUCGUCCCUGUAGCUGCUCAGGAGGCAGAACGGUGUCUCGUAGGGGCCAAGAAGUCGAUUGGUGCAGUGUCCGAUACGGUGGCAAGUGGAGUGGUGACAGUCUCAGACAGCCUAAUGGGCAGGAUGAAGAUGUCAAGCGCGAAGAUACACAACCUAUUAGAGAAUCUUCCGUCAUGGUCGGUCAAAUACGCAGAAGACGUGGUCAAUAAGGUUCCACAAUCUCUGGGGGCGAUGUACAAGCAGGCUUCAGAAGCCGUGAAAUCACAUCGCCACGUCAAGGUUGAUAUUCAGGACGGCAUACUUGAUGCGCAAUUAUAUUUCCUCAAGACGCGAAUUUCAGCCAAGAUGUGGUGGCUGAAAGUAACCCGGCAGACGACGGAACACGAGGAAUAUGGCGAGAAGGCCAAAGCAUUCGUGGCGAACAAACGACGUGAGGGCAGGAACCAGAUUCGGAAGUCUUUCCGUGAUGCCAAUGACCAGCGUCAAGUUCGCUUUGGACGACCGAAACGAAGUCGGUGCAAGCAGAACAAUCGAAAGGGCCGGGACAUACACGUUUGCAAGAUGGAGGCGUGA